GUGCGCACAUUGUAGUUUGUGAGCACAGUACGCGCACGUUAGCGACCAAUCAUUCUCUCGCCACCUCAGCGUAACGUAGCCACCCGCCCUCCUUCCCAUUUCUCUCUCUCUACAUUUUCUCUCUCCAUUUCCCCUUCUUUCUUACAAUCUCUGCAACUAAUCCACUGUAAAAAUUUCACAGAGUUCCAAAUCUGCCCCCGGACAAUCUUUCAUUUUCCCAUUUUGGCCGCAACAGAUGGCUCCGUCCAGCUCGGCGGCGCGGGCGGCUCAGAAGCUCUUCCCUAUCCGCCGCCGGGAGGCCCUGUCGCCUCCAUCGUCUCCGCCGCCGAGGAAGUACCGGUCGAUGGUGGAUAUCAUGAAGACGGCCAAGCACGCCGUGAUCGAUCGCGCCGACUACAGCCACGUGUCCUGCGACCAAUGCGGCUCCGGCCAGCAAGCCGACGAGCUGCUCCUCUGUGACAAAUGCGACCGAGGCUAUCACAUGCUUUGUCUCCGGCCAAUCGUCGUUCGUGUCCCCAUUGGAUCGUGGUAUUGCCCUAGCUGCUCCGAUCAUCGACCCGUAAAAAGUUUCCCGAAGACUAAGAUUAAAGAUUUUUUCCGGAUUCAGAAAUGUACUGAUGCAGCUAAGAAAUGUGCCUCCCCCCAAGAUGCUAGAAAGCGUCGUAGGCAUUCUGGUACAAUAGUGUUGUAUAAGAAGAAGCGAAGAAGACUAUUGUCGUAUAUUCCAACAGAAGAUCCUGCCCGGAGGCUAGAACAAAUGCGCUCCCUUGCUUCUGCUUUAACAGCAUUGAACAUGGAAUUUAGUGGUGAUCUCACUUACUUGCCAGUCAUGGCUCCUCGAUCUGCCAAUCAGGCCAAGUUUGAAGAUGGUGGCAUGCAGGUUCUCUCCAAAGAAGAUACUGAAACUUUGGAACAGUGCAGAACCAUGUAUAAAAGAGGCGAAUGCCCUCCUCUUGUAGUUGUUUUUGAUUCAUGUGAAGGUUUUACAGUAGAGGCUGAUAGCCCUAUAAAGGAUAUGACAUUUAUCACAGAGUACACAGGCGAUGUGGAUUACAUUAAGAACCGGGAACAUGAUGAUUGUGAUAGUUUGAUGACCCUUCUUUUAGCAACAGACCCAUUUAACAGUCUUGUUAUCUGCCCUGAUAAACGUGGAAACAUUGCUCGCUUUAUCAAUGGCAUUAACAAUCAUACUUUGGAGGGUAGGAGGAAGCAGAAUCUUAAAUGCGUGAGGUACAAUGUAAAUGGUGAAUGCCGUGUGUUUUUGGUUGCUACUCGUGAUAUUGCCAAGGGGGAGAGGCUAUACUAUGACUAUAAUGGAUAUGAACAUGAAUAUCCAACCCAUCAUUUUGUUUAAGUUUUUUACAUAGAUAUUACUGACGAAUCUGCGGAAUUAUCGUCUGAUUCUAGAUUCUGUUAGGUUCAUCUGUUGUUGGAAAUUUUUAUUUAUUUUUCAAAGCUUACAUUGUGUUGGAGAGUCAACACAUUUUUUUUCUUUCUAAUUGUAUGCAUGGGCCAUCAAUUGUAAUUUUCCCCGUAGCGCUGGCCAAGCAUGUGGCCAUAAGAGAAAUUGAGGCGGCAUUGAAAUUUUGUUCGGAUUUUAGUUUGUGAAGGCUCGAAAUAUUUAGAAAUUUGGUUCAACAAACAUUAUCUUUAUGUAUUACAAAUUUCAAUGAAAAACUUUAAUAUUAUCUGUGGA